GGCCUCCUGAGGAGAGGCGGCUUUGCACACAUUCUCUAAUCUGGAAAUAAAUUGAUGCAUGUUCGGAAGAAAUGGUUGUGUGGCAGUUAUGGCACCCUGUUACAAUGCAAGUCGUCAUAUGAGCAUAAUCCCUACAUUAUUGGAGAACAGAGUGUUCUCGGGAUCUUAUCGGACUCCACGAAAGAAUAAAGGCAGGAAACCCUUUGGCAAAACAUUCCUGAAAACUGCAGAACACAGGACCAUGCCCAAGAAAGGGAAGCAGACCGAUGUGACCAAAGAAAAACAUAAUCCUUAUAAGCGAAUGAAAGUGGAUGCGGUUUGUGCUGUUUCACCUUUGAACUUUGACAGCCCCGAAGGUCUCUUUGAAAGCUUGAUCUCACCCAUAGGGACUAAGGAAUUUUUCCAAGAGUACUGGGAGCAGAAGCCUCUUCUCAUUCGGAGAGAUGACCCCUCGGUUGCUGCCCACUACCAGUCCUUGUUCCGGCUAAUGGAUCUGAAAGGUCUCUGCAGCCGGGGCGUGUUCUAUGGAAGAGAUGUUAAUGUCUGCCGGUGUGUGAAUGGAAAGAAGAAAGUGUUAAAUAAAGGGGGCAAAGUGAACUAUCUCCUGUUGAGAAAAGAUUUUGAUCAGAAAAGGGCUACGAUCCAGUUUCAUCAGCCACAGAGAUUUAAGGAUGAACUUUGGAGGAUCCAGGAGAAGCUGGAAUGCUAUUUUGGCUCUUUAGUCGGAUCCAAUGUGUAUAUAACGCCGCCGGGAUCCCAGGGACUACCCCCUCAUUAUGAUGAUGUGGAGGUAUUUAUCCUGCAGCUGGAGGGAGAGAAGCACUGGCGCCUCUACCAGCCCACCGUCCACCUUGCUCGAGAGUACAAUGUUGAACCCGAGGAUAGGAUUGGGAGUCCAACACAUGAAUUUACGUUAAAGCCAGGGGAUUUGUUAUACUUUCCCAGAGGGACUAUUCAUCAAGCUGACACUCCUCCAGGGGUAGCCCACUCCACCCACGUGACCAUCAGCACCUACCAAAACAAUUCCUGGGGAGAUUUCCUUUUAGAUGUCAUUCCAGGACUCGUGUUUGAAACGGCAAAGGAAGAAGUGGAGUUAAGGAUGGGGAUACCGAGGCAACAACUUAUGCAGGUGGAGACAGCAGCCGUCUCAACAACGAAAUUGUGUGGCUUCUUGAGGACUCUUGCUGACCAACUAGAGAACGACAGAGAACUGAGAUCAUCAGAUAUGAAGAAGGAUUUUAUUAUGAACAGAUUGCCCCCUUACCCUUCGGCAGGGGGGUUUGACCUUUCAACUCCAGUUGGGGAGUUACCAAAAUUAGACAGUAAAGUGAAAUUGCAGUUUAAAGACAACAUUAUCAUUACAGUGGAACAAGACCAAAACGGAUCUGAUGGGAACGAAGAAAAGAUGGUAUAUAUCUACCACUCUUUAAAGAACAGGAGGGAGACGCACAUGAUGGGAAAUGAAGAAGAAACAGAGACUCAUGGGCUUCGCUUUCCUUUAUCCCACAUGGAUGCAUUAAAACAAAUUUGGAGCAGUGGGGUCAUUGGCGUUAAAGAACUGAAACUUAAUACAGAUGCAGAAAAAGAAAACCUGGUGGUAUCCCUCUGGACUGAGUGUCUGAUUGAAGUCGUCUAGGUCUUUUUGGUGGAAUGUUACAGUCAACAGUGAUGUGAAUAAAGGCAGCUGGGUAGCCUUGGACUCUACUGUGGAAGUAAGAAGAGUGAGGUAAGUGUUUCAACUUGAAGACAACUCAUCCCCCAUCAUAUAUUCAGGAGGAAGAAAAGUAAUAUUGUUUCUUCAGUCACUAAAAGGGCAUAUAAUUUUAUUUAAUCCAAUACUGUAGAAAAAGUACAUCUCUACCUUUUCAUUUCAAUUGAAUAAGGUACCUGACUUUAUAUUCUGCUCUUUGGAAGCAAUAACUCCUAAAAGGAGAUUUUUUAAAACAAUGAGGAAA